GAUCAAGUGACUUCUCAACAAGCCCUACGAUGGACUACCAUAGCAACCUCUCACACGAGGGGCCCUCAGAAUCAGAUCCUGCUGAACAGAAUGCAGACUUUCCCCACACCUACAUAGAAGACACCAACAUUCCCUCAAGCUCACAACACAACACUGAAGAAUAUGAGUUCUCGAAUCAAGUCAGGCAAGAAGACGUUAUCUUUGAAGACACUUCGUUGUCGCAUAACGAGGUGAUGGACAUCGUACGCGAGGGGGUUGCGGAACUCGUGAAGGACUCCCUGUUGUCUGACCUCCCAGCGGGGGUCACGCUAGACGAGGUGAAGUCGCAGAUCGCGCUGGAGUACGGCCAGGCGAUGAAGGUUAUCGUACGGAAGGAGUGCGGUGGCAUCAUGCCUAUUGUGGUUCCACAGGAUGCUACAGUGGUGGACUUAAAACAUGCCAUCAGCAGGUAUGUGACACUGAAGCAGACUAGAGAGGGUGGCACCACCAAAAUCAGCUGGCGCUACGUCUGGAGAACCUACUGGCUCACUUUCGACGGCGAGAAACUCUCGCAAAACAACAAGAAACUUAAGGACUACGGCAUCAGGAACAGGGCAGAGCUACGCUUUAUAAAAAGGCUCAGAAGUAAAGUGGAAGGGGUUUAAAAAGGACUGAUGUAUAUAUUGUAGCAUAAAAGACUGUGCAUUUUGUGCAAUAUUAAAUUUUGGUUCAUGAGA